AUGUACAUACAUACACAUGUACGUACAGACACACAUACAUACAUGUACAUACACGCAGAUACAUGUACAUACAUAUGUACGUACAUACACACAGACAUAUGUACAUACAUACACAUGUAUGUACAAACACACCCCCCCCCCAUAAAAAGUUGCAGUACUUCGUUGUUCACUCACAGAUCCGGGUACUGCACUCUAGGGGGAGGCAGAGAGCACAGCACACACUCCUUGCUUUGCUUUCACUGCGCUCAGCUAUUGAGCUCCCAGUGCCACUGACAGAUCCGGCCUGAGCUCCGAGCCUGCUCAGCAAGACUGCCCUGGGGGGGACACUUGCCCCCCACCAUAAUUUCCACUCGCCAUUGGCAAGCAGGCGCGAGUGGAAAUUUCAAGCCCUUAUAUACGCUGCGCUAG